AUGAUGGAGUUGAGUCCUCUGAUGGCUGAGGGUAAAACGCUACAAGAUGUCAGUUCAGAUGAGAAUCUUCUCCUUGAAGACCUGGAGUCAUAUUGGGAUGAACUCAGUGCCCGGUUGACUGUCUCAAGGAUGGUGAGUGAUUCCAUCAUCAGAGGCAUGGUGAAUGCCAUAUCUCAGGAGGCUGCGGAGAGCAUCUCCUCAAAGGAAGAAGAGAUCGCAAGAUUAAUGGCGAGGUUGCAGGUUUAUGAAUCGGGUAGACUUACAGACGGCAAACCAGAGCUUAAGUCAAGCCCAGUGUCUCAAUUUAGAUCUGGCUGUCUGCUGUCGGGCUGCCUGCAGAUUGAUGCAGAGACCCACCUUCAGAUUCUGAAGAUUGGAAUUAAAGCCAUGAGAUGCUCGAAUUCUUGUGGAACAACAAGCUUGAGCUCCGAUGAAUUCAACGUUUUGGAUCAAGGAGUCAACCCAAAAGUGUUGAUGAAGAUGGAUGAGGCUGUUGAUGCUCUUAGAGUACUUCUGCCCCGUCUGUGCGAGCACCCUGGUGGAAAGAUUUCUUUGUUGGAGGAUGCACUGCUCGAACAGCAGUCGCAGUGGGACUUUGAGAGGGAGCUUGGUAGCAUAGUCCUUGGAAAUUUCCUGAGAGACCUGCAGGAAGAACGGAGGAUCAGAUUGUGCAGGCAGACCAGCAUUUCUGAUAUUCAGAAUGAGCACCGGUUAGAGAACAUCAUCUUGCUCAUGGGUUCCAUCCAGGAGCUGGACUCGAUCUCCAAGUCAAUCCUGAGUGCCAAACCAGAGCGCUCACACGCUCGUGGAGCCCACAAAGCGUUUCAAAAAGGGGAUAUUUCCAAGAGGAAAGGUAAUUUAUCAUGGAAUAAUCAUGGCAUAAGUAGUUCCCACAGAGAGGGAGAUGGUCUCACCUCGACAAUGGAUUCUGAGAAUGGCAUUGCAGAGAUUGCAGGCUCCCCUCUAGCGCCGCAGAUAACUAAGGACGAACUUGUGAGCUACUACAGAAACGAAAUCAAUAGAAUCAAAAGGCAAUUGGAGUCGUCUCUCCACGAGAAGACUGAGGAGUUGUUCAGGUUGAAGCGAGAAUUCCUCAGAGAGAAGGGUUCUUUCUAUCGUAAGAGAGAUGAGGAUGUCAAUACCCUGAAGAACAAAUUUCCGGAUAUAAUCUUGAAGUUGGACAAGAUACCCUUGGAGAUUGAGGAACAUUUUACUGAUCAAGCUGGUCGUGAUGAGCAUAGGUUAGGCCGAGUUUCACCAACGGCGGCAUUGAUGCAUGAGGAGGAAAUCACUACAUCCUCGGAGGUCAGAAACUUAGAAAAGCUGAAACAGGAGAUUUUAUCGUUGUUAGAAUCACUAGAAAAGAAGAGCAAGUUCUUCUCCGAAGUGGAAUCCAGAUUGGAUGAGCAGAAGGGACGUCUGGAUAGAGUCCUGGAUGAAUUUAAUUUGCUGAUGAACCGAGCAUGUGAACAAGAGAAAUUAAUGUCGUUGGGGGCUAGAUUAGAUGAAGCUUUGCAUCAAAUUCAUGAACAUGAUGCAAAACUACGUGAACUUAAUCAGAAACUUGUGGGUGUAUCGAAUGACUUGAAGGAGGCUGAGAAAGAGAAAGCAAACCUUCGCGAGAUUAUUCGAAAUAAUGAGAGAAAAAUGGUUUCAGCUGCAGAAAGAGCAGAUGCGCAAGGGGGGCAGAUGGAAUCCAUCAUAAAAUUUGUUCAGGAAUCAUCAGAAUCUGUUGCAGAAUUUCAGAGCAGUGUCUUGGCGAAUAUCCAAAUAACAAAUUCCAGGUUCGGAUUUCAUUAAUUUUAAUUGGGAUGAGUAAAUCCUCACCCAUGAAUGACUGCUGCAAUGCCACUAUUAGCAUAUUUUUAAAAAUUAUUCUAUGGCCAAUGUUGCUAGAUAGAUCAUUUCGAUUUGAGAUACCUUCCUCAGAUUUAUUUAUUUAUUUAUUUAUUUAUUUUCGGAGGCUUGUAGUUCCAAUGAGCAGAUGUCUAAAUAUUAAGACCAUUUUACAGAUAUCUUAAUAUCGAAAUCAACUAUACCAUCGAUUGUGUUUCAGGUUAGAAGGAUUACAUCAUGAAUUGGAUGAUCUGGUGAAGGAAGUUGAUGAACUGAAGAGAAGGGAAUCGUGGUACAGAAGGAAACUCGAGAUCAGAUCCUUCGACCUCCAAAAGGCCGAAACUGAGGUCAAUAUCUCUGCAGAAUUUUGCCUAUUCAAAUGCUUAUUAUUUAGACACUCCAAUGAGGACCAUUUUCUUGUUGCCUGAAUUAGGUUGACGUUCUUGGUGAUGAGGUGGAUACUCUUCUGGACAUCCUCGAGAAGAUCUACGUGGCACUUGACUACUAUUCUCCGGUUCUCCUACACUACCCCGGGGUAAGUACGGCCUAUUUUCUUUUAUAUCUCGGACCAUUUUUUCUGCUAGUAUUUUUUAUUAUAAAAAAAAAUCAGAAUUAGAAUGAUGUCAUUCUGUGACCAGAACAACCCUCUGAAACCCAGACCCUGCAAAAAUAGGCCCUGCCUAGCCCUGCCCAAUUCUAUGUGAGCGAGCGAGAAAGAGAGAGAGAGAGAGCGAGAGAGAGAGAGUGCUGGGCUCUAGGCAUACCUGGCCUAUUGCAUAGUCUAUGUACAGGAUUGAAAUCACAAGCGUCAUUAUAUAUAUAUACAUGUUUUUUUUUCCGAUUGCUAUUUUUGUGAAAUUUGUACAUACAUGUAUUAUUAUUUUGUUUUUUCCGAUUGCUAUUUCUGUAAAAUAAUAUAUAUAUAUAUAUAUUAUUUUUCCGAUUGCUAUUUUUGUGAAAUUUAUAAAUAUAUAUAUAUAUAUGUAUUAUUUUGUUUUUUUUCCGAUUGCUAUUUUUGUAUAAUUUCUCAGAGAAUGAUUCCUGAUGCAGGUUGUGGAGACUUUAAAAUUGGUGAGGAGGAAACUGAAAGAAACCCCAUCGCGCGAUCGUCACAACAAUCUCACAUAA